UUUUACUUAAGUAAAUGAUCAGAAUACUUCUUUCACCACUGUCUAUAAUGCAAACACAAUGUAGCUGCAAGAGGAACCAUCUCUGUAUCUGGGCAAAUCUAUCAACCUAUAAGAGCAUGUUUGACAGAGGAACUAUCUGGUCAGAUGUAAAGUACAUAUACAUGGGUGUGAAUUUAUGAGAUAAACUAGUAUACAACCUGGCAGAAGUCUGUGCAGAGAUGCAUGGCUGCACAGACAUUGCAGGAGCAGAUAAGUCAACUGUUCAGCCAAUAUAUCCACUCUGAGCUGCUGCUGCUUUGCAUGCAUGCAUAGUCUCCGUCCAACAGUUAUUACACUUGACUAGAUCAUGACGGCAACACCAAUACGGCAUGACACAUUAACCAAACAUUCCUCAUUACCACAUGGAAUUCUUUUAUUCAUAGUGGUGUGUGGCAGCACAUGUCACACCCCCGAGUGACGAGCAAAGGACCCUGUUUUUGUAUUACUUUACUCAAGUUGUGUGACGAUGCAUCUGUUUUGCACCUGCGCUCUAUCCUUCUCCCUGCUGAUGGCGUCCCCCCUGGUGAGUGCCAGUGUGUCCAACAGCUUCAAAGACUGCAGCCAUUUUUUCUACAUGCAGACACCACCUGCAGGGAUGAAGGGCACCAACCUGAGGAGGGUCUGCCAGAAGUAUGCAGACAAACAGCGCUACGCCACGUUGUAUGACAGCAGUCGGCACCUCCCCCUCUACUCAGCCUACAUCUUUAAGAAGUCUGAUGGGAAGAGGAGGAUGGACACACCAUGGAUGUAUGAGCCACAGUUGGUUUCUGAUGAUGAGAGUGGCAACAUGAGAGCCCUUCCCCUUACUGAAGACACCCCCCCUCUGAUUGAGGACAGCCAGGCCGUGUUGGAGGACUACACAGAUGCUGUAGAAUAUAGACGUGGCCCACUGAAUCCUGACCUGCACCAAUCACAGCCAGAUGACAAAUCCUCCACAUAUACUCUGACUAAUGUAGUCCCAUUAAUCACAACCUUCCUGGACGCUUCCUGGAACCCAUACUUGGACAUCAUCCGCCGCCGCCUCAACAACUUCUGCCACGGCACAUCUUUCGUGGUGACAGGGGUGACCGUUUCUGGGGGGACCCUCAAACGAGAUAACAAGGACCGACUCGCAAUCCCAAAACACCUAUGGCUGGCUUACUGCUGCCCGCGGUUUGACCAUAACUCUCCGUAUGAGGUGAGGUUCAUGUUCCCAAGUUAUGGGGGCUAUGCACUGAAUGAACAGACUGACCACAGCGUGGUGGAAGUCCCUCUAAAGACUCUGGAGAUCUUCCUGAAGAGCCAGUCAAACAUAGACAGUGACCUGUCUAUUUUCUACAAGGGGUGUGUGUCAGAAAAGAGCUUCAGAAAGAAGAGAGACCCGACCAGUGUUUCAGUAUCAUGGGACAAUCCUGAACGGGAUGCACAUGGAUAAAGUAUACCUAUAAACAGAACUAGCUCGGAUAAACUUGAAUAGAAGCAGUGUUAGGUAGUCCUGGCUUUACAUGUUUAAAAAAAAAAUUGGAAUUAUAUUAAAGAGUGAAAGGGCCAUGUCAUGACUGAAAUGGCUCUUCAUUUUGCCUCAGACAGGGCAAAUUUAGAUUCAGAUUAUAGCUCUCUAUCAGUAGUAGUAUGUGAGAAGGGGCCAUAGUACACAUGACCAAUUAGCACCACCAAAGGAAAUAAUGUGUAAAUGCACAUUAAAAGGUGCACACUAGUAUCACACUACCAUAAAGUUGGGGGAUUUACAAGACACUGAUUAUAAAAAAUAAUUAUCAAAAUCAAAGCAGCAGAGCCUGAGUUAUCCUGACUUUACUGUCAAAUACUAGGACUUAGAACCUACAUUUCCCAUCAUGCAAUGCAACUGUAUGGCAUAAAAGAAGAAACUCCACUUGUAGGUUAUACUAAAUCAGAUUAGGCCUUAGUCCAAGCAAUGGGUUUAUACUACAGGCCUAUAUAUGGCAGUGCUGAACAAAUGAAGCGUGAAUGCUUCAAUAUUUUGCUAACUAAUCUUAUCUUAUGAAACUGUCUAUGAGAAAUGUGUAAAAAAAAAAAAAAAGGUGCUAAAACAUACAAAAAGUUGCACAAACAGGCCAGAGCCAAAGCUGUAAAAAUGUCUUCAUAAGGAGUGCAGCUCAUAUAGUGAGUUAGUAAUUCUUUUGCAUUUCACAGGAUGCAACAUGCAUGACAUGAAAGAGUGUUGGAGAGUGGAGUGUUGAAACUUUGUUGGAUAAGUUAGGGUUCCUGUUCGUGAAUAGAUUAUGAAUCAAUACAGUUAAAACAGGCUAUUUCUUAAGGC